AUGAUGGCGACAGUGCGCUGCGUUGUGUGUGUGUUGGCCGCUGCUCUGUGCUGCACGGCCUUGUGCGUGGCUGCGCAGCCCCAGCAUGAGCCGGUGGAGAAAUACGGCAGACCUGCGGCGCUCCAUAGCGGUGGUGUGCUGUCCAGCAACUAUGCAGUGCUGUCAGCGGCGGUGCAGGUGAGCCCCGCCGGGAGUGGCGCAGUGAAGGCCGUGGUGGUGUCGAUGAGUCCUGAGGAAGUGAAGGCUGUGGUGACUGCUGCAAGUAAUGCCGUGGAGGCGGGGAGUGGGGCUUUGGAGGAAGCAGGUGAAACAAAGGAGAAGGCUGCUGCAGCCAAGGAGGCAGCCAACAAAGCUGUGAGUGAUGCACUUGUAGCCAAAGCGACAACGAGUGCUGCCUAUGAAACAUUGAACACGCUAAAAAAAGAAAUGGAGGCUGCGAAGGAUAAUGAUGCUUUGUUAAGUCAUCACGCUGAGUGGCAGAAUAAAGUUGCAAAUGCAGCCGAAAAAGCCAAUGAGGCCGCAAAGAAGACAAAAGUUGCGCAUGACGCAUGUACACUGGCCGCCCGGGAUGCUUCAGAAGCAGUAACUGCAGCAAAUAAAACGAUUGUCGGAGUGAGUACGGUUGAGAUGGUGCUACAGCAAGUUCAGGAGAAGGUUAAAACAUUUCCGAAGACAAAGGAAAACAUUUUGGAAGCAGUGAAGAGUGUUAAAUCGGCUAUCGAUAGUGCGAAAGAGGCUCAUCAACAGGCUACGGCAGCAUACGGCAGCGCCAAUGACGCAAGGGAUGCUGCAGGUGAAGCCUACAGUAAAGCUAAGAGUGCACAUGAUUUCGCAAAGGCAGCAGAACAGCUCAAAGUAACUAAAGAAAAAAUAAUUUUGACUUCUCAAAACGAGGUCAAUAACGCACUGAGGGAGGGCGAAAAGGCAAUGAAUAGCGCACAGCAGGCGCUGGAGAAGGCAACGAAGGCACUGCAAGAAGCUACAGCAGCUUCUCAGCACGCUGUCACGGCAGCGACGCACGCUGACACAGUACAUAAAAACGCUGAAGCCAUUAAAGAGGCUGCCCAGGAGGCAUUGAAGAGCACAAAGAAGCAAGUUGUUCCACUGUCAGACACAGAAGCUAAGCAGGAUUCGACACUGCAUACCAACGGGAAAGAAAGACCUCAGCCAGACCCUUCUCAAGCUGCUCAUAGACGCAAAGACGAUCUACUUGAACGGAACGCCGACAAGCACACUCCUGCUGUUGCUGCUGCGCCACCCGCAGGCAAAAAUGGUGAAGAGCCGAAGGUUGAAACAGGGAGCCCCACGGUACCUCCUCUUAAGAAAUCCGAGGAUCAUCACGUGGCAGAAACCGAAAACAGCAAAAUGGAGGGCUCUGUGAAGCCUUCAGGCACUGACGGCAUGCCUGAGACGGAAGCUGCAAUGGCCGACCCCCCUGCUGCACAACAAGCCACCAACUCCGACGCUGAAGGUGGCCAGGCUGUUGCUGACGUUGUGGCUGCGGGCAACCAACUGCGUGACGCUGGCAGUGCUGACGCCAGCAGCAGUCCUGCGUGGGUGCGCGCACCGUUGUUCAUGCCCCUGCUGGCUGCACUCAUCUUUCUGGGUGUGCGCUGA